AUGGCGGAAGUGAGAGUCAAAUUCAACGUGGCUAUGGUAAUAGCUCUGGUGAUCGCCGAGAUCUUCAGUGUGAUGUGGUACACUCAUUACUCACCUUGGUUCCACCACAUCGGUCAUAGAUAUCUGAUCCCAGCUAUCUUGUGUGACUGCAUCGUAGUCUACGUACUCAAAUAUAUCAAAGAGGCCCAUUGGACCUGCCGAGGUUGGGAAGACAUGGCUGUACUGAGUUUGUGGGUGGCCCUGUUCUAUGCUGGACUACAAGGACCACACUAUGUCUACGAUACCUACAGUGCCUCCUAUUUUAUGUACCACGUCGCUCACAAGUUUAUGUUAUCAUUCAUCAUACUAUUUGUACUUCAUAGUUUUAAAAAGUAUUAA